AUAUAUAUAUAGCUGGAAUCUAUCUCUCUCGUUUCACUUUAACUGUCUGCUUUACAAAUCUAGAGAGAUCUAGAUCCUUGAUCUCAGUUGCUGAGAUCUAGGUUUUGUUAUUACGUGACUGGAAUCUGAUACUGUUUUGCUGUGUAGUUUGUUUCGCUAGUUACUUUACUGCUGGAUUUAGUGAUUUAUGUCACUAAAUUGAUCCAAUAACUCGAUAUGUGCUUCGGUUUGUUUCUUUAUGAAUCAAAUCAACUCAUUUACUGUUUUUUUUCACUGUCUGCUGUUGAUUUAUGUGUUCAUGUGGUGUUAAGCAGGAAAUUCUGAAACUUUAUAGUUGCGUUUUGUAUCUGUUUGAGCUUGGAAUCGCUGAUUUGUAGCUCAAUUCCGAUCAUUGAAAUGGUUUCUGAUGGUAUUUGUCGGAGUUGUUGGCAGAGCGUCACAAGAUUAUUCCAUUUAUGCCUGUGCUUCCUAAUAUCUAUCGGUUGUUGAACCAAGAAAUAUUGCGUGUAACUACACUGUUGGGGAAUGCAUCAGUUUUAGGUCAAAGUGGGCUUGAACAUGCUAGUCCUCUGGCUUCUGGAGGAAUAUUUUCAAAUGGAGCAGCUGAUGCAAAUGGAUGGGCAUCACGGUUUCAAUCAGAAAUAUCAGGUAUGUUGCAGCCCUCAUCAGCACAAAACUGGCUGGGCUCUCAAGGUAGCUCAUCCGGUCUUAUUGCUAAGAGAACUAUUAGAGUGGAUAUUCCUGUCGACAAAUAUCCUAAUUAUAACUUUGUUGGGCGCCUUCUUGGUCCUAGGGGGAACUCCCUUAAGCGAGUGGAAGCUAGCACAGAGUGCCGUGUCCUGAUCAGAGGCCGUGGAAGCAUUAAGGAUCCAGCCAAGGAAGAAAUGAUGAGAGGGAAACCGGGGUAUGAGCAUCUCAAUGAACCUCUCCACAUCUUAGUUGAGGGUGAAUUGCCAGUUGAGAUUGUUGAUGCUCGGCUAAUGCAGGCACGUGAGAUACUCGAAGACUUGUUGAAGCCUGUGGAUGAAUCACAGGAUUACUACAAGAAGCAGCAACUGAGAGAGCUAGCAAUGCUGAAUGGUACACUUCGCGAGGAAGGUUCUCCUAUGUCAGGUUCUGUCUCCCCCUUCAACAACAGCCUUGGUAUGAAGAGGGCUAAGACCAGGGGGUAAUGGAUUCCUGAACCUAGUGGGCUCUUGGAGCUUGUUUACUAGUUCUGCCAGUGAUCAGCGGUUCUGACAGCAGAGGUGCUCCUGCGUCAGCCAAUGCUCCCAACUGCCAUCGGGGCACUGGCACUGUCUUGUGCCAGUUCUAACUUGUUUCUAUAUGAGGUGUGUUUAUCUUGUGUUUGGGGAAGGUUUAAUGACAGUGUCGCAUGUUAAGGGACAGUUCAGUUGGGGUUUUGCGUUUGUAUGUUGCUCUAGGCAGUUUGGAAUCAAGGAUUGCCAAUGUAUUAAAAUAGGGCCUUACUAUAUAAGCUUGCGAUGACAGUUGAUGGGCAUUUGUGUGAGAAAGUUGACGUAUAUUUUGUAUACAGUAAUGAUCAACAAGUCUACCCAAAUGCACCUCAGCUGGGUUGGAGUGUUGUCCUAUUAAGUGUAGACUGUACUCGAAUUUGUCGAAGGCAUUCUUUGUCGUCUCCUACAAUAAUUGUAUUUGCCUUCUUGCCCCCUUC